AAAUCCAAAAACGUAAACAAUAUAGAGGUCGGUCUUGGGAGGAGCGUUCGUGAUUUCUGAAAUAUUCAUUGGUCAACUAGCUAACGUUAGCAAGCUUCUUCAACGUCUGCAAGACUGGAGCUUGCUGCUGAUGACAAGAAAGGGCACCCUGGCCUGACACAACAAUCCGACUGUCUCGGGACUUCAAUUUAAAUUUGUUGCAACCAUGAAGUUCACGCAAUUUCUGCUAAGGAACAGCUCCAUACCUAAACAAGCACUAGUGGAUCGGUUUUCCAAGUUCUCACCCUCGCCGCUGUCAAUGAAACAAUUCAUAGACUUUGGCUCGGCCAAUGCCUGUGAGAAGACGUCCUUUGUGUUCCUUCGUCAGGAGCUUCCUGUCCGGCUGGCCAACAUCAUGAAGGAGAUUGACUUCCUCCCUGACAAGCUUCUCAGCACCCCUUCACUACAGUUACUACAGAGCUGGUAUGCAACAAGUCUGAUGGAGAUAGUGGGCUUCCUGGAGAAAGAGCCCGAUGAUAAAAAGAUCCUGAAGAAGUUCACUGAGACGCUGGUGAACAUCAGGAACCGCCACAACAACGUGGUUACCACCAUGGCACAGGGAGUGGUGGAGUACAAGGAUGCCUUUGGCUCCGACCCUGUGACCAAUCAGAACGUCCAGUACUUCUUGGAUCGCUUCUACAUGAGCCGCAUCUCCACACGCAUGAUCAUGAACCAGCACUCUCUCAUCUUUGAUGGAAGCGCCAACCCUGCCCAUCCCAAGCACAUUGGCACCAUCGACCCUGACUGCGACGUGACGGAGGUGGUAAAAGAUGCCUUUGAUAGCUCCAAGAUGCUCUGUGAACAGUACUACCUGACCUCGCCAGAGAUUGACCUCACACAAGUCAACGCCAAAGGUCCUGACCAGCCUCUUCGUAUUGUCUAUGUUCCUUCCCAUCUCUACCACAUGCUGUUUGAGCUCUUCAAGAACGCCAUGAGAGCAACAGUGGAGACUCAUGAAAUGGCCCUGCAUCUCCCACCGGUCAAAGUCCGAGUCUCACUGGGCAGUGAGGACCUAACAAUCAAGAUAUCAGAUCGAGGAGGCGGAGUUCCCCUGAGGAAGAUAGAGCGUUUGUUCAGUUACAUGUACUCCACCGCCCCCAGCCCCGUCGAUAUUGACAACAGCCGCAAUGCACCACUGGCUGGUUUUGGCUACGGUCUUCCCAUCUCCCGUCUCUAUGCCAAGUACUUCCAGGGAGACCUGCAGCUCUACUCCAUGGAGGGAUAUGGGACGUCAGCUGUCAUCUACCUGAAGGCCUUGUCCUCAGAGUCUGUGGAAAGACUUCCUGUUUACAACCAGUCAGCCAUAAGGCAUUACCAGACGAGCAAUGAGGCAGAUGACUGGUGCAUGCCCAGCAAGGAUCCCAAGAAGCUGGGGAAGUAUGAGAAGAGAAGUUAACCAACCAGACGGAGAGAGAGAGCUCAGAUAACAUGAAGAGUGGAGGAGCAGGAGGAAAGAAAGAAGAAGAGGAGGAUGACUGAAAGGAGGAAUGGAAUGAUGAUUCAUAAUCAGAAACUGACAGAAGGUACCCAGUUGUACUGUGUGUGUGUGAGAUAUCUGGAUUCUACGCAAUGGAGAUUCUCAUCCAGCACUUGAAGUGGAAAAACACAUUCAGGUUGGAGGCGUUUCAAUGGCAAUACCAGGAUCUCUAUUCAAAACAAGGAUCUCUAUUCAAAACCAAGAUAUCUAUUCAAUACCAGGAUCUCUAUUCAUUACCAGGAUCUCUAUUCAAUACCAGGAUCUCUAUUCAAUAAGUGACUUUGAAUGUUAGUCAGAAACAGGGCCAUAAACUACUCACAAUCACAUCUCACCUUUUGGUUUCAUUUAGCCACAUGUUUCAGGCAUUCAUUUCACUCACUUAUUUAAUUUAUUAAACGCCUGAAUUUGGUUAUACAGUGAUAUAAGCAGCAGGGUAGCCUAGUGGUUAGAGCGUUCAUAUCCCUGAGCUGACAAGGUGUUCAUUCUGCCCCUGAACAGGCAGUUAACCCACUGUUCCUAGGCCGUCAUUGAAAAUAAGAAAUAAGAAUUUGUUCUUAACUGACUUGCCUAGUUAAAUAAAGGUUAAAUUAAUAAAUAAAAAGCUGCACUAUCACAGUAGUAUUGUCUGUGAUACUACAUUUUAGAUUGUGUAUCUAGUGUUCUCUAAACUCUUCACUUAUGGCUACAGUAUGCAGCUAGAACACUGAGCUCCAUAGACGCAGGUAGAUAUAGUGUGUCAGUCAGAGACAUGUCAAGGCCAUGCUGUCAGUCGAUGGGUUUUCUCUGGUUACCCUUCUACUACAGGAUGUUCUAUGGGUACAUAGUGGUCAACAAAUGUUAUUUUCAACAUACUAUGUAGACUCCAUAUAGUUUCAACUCUGAGCAUUUCACCUUUUUGAAUUUAGAGGAAUCAACUGUAAAUCUUGGUGACUCAUUUUUUUGUUCCACCCUCACUUGUUGAAUAAGACAAGAGCUCAAACAAAGGUCAUUCAUUCAAGGUUUCCGAUAUUGAAGACAUUGAGGUAUCUAGUACAUUUACUCUAAACCAAGUCCAACUGAGUUUAAGUAUAAGUUAUGUGAAUAUUGAGAUAUAUUUUCUAUCAUACUGUUAUAUUUUUCAAUGACUAAAACGAUUGCAUUUUAGAGGCCGGCUAGGUCUUUUAUACAUUAAGUAUUUAUUGAAUAACGUUGUGUGCCAGAGAGCAAAAUGGGGGUAUUAUCACAUUUCUGAGAUUAGUGACACGGUAAGACUGAGUUGAAUCAAAUGUUUGACUGGUGCCCAGUGUGGGUAUUCUUUGAUGUGGGCAGUCAUUACAACAUUUCAUUUCCUGGUAUACACUAAAUAGUCACUAUUAUUACACUCCUUAGUCUUUUAUGUGAUUUCUUAUUGCUAUGUACACUUACUAACAUUUAAUCCAAUAACAGCUAAGUAUUUGUAACUAGUCAAUAUUUGUAUGUGCAUUGAAACAAAAACAAAAAAACACUGAAGUGCCAACUUUUAUUUCUCUCUUUCUGUUUUUUUAACAUGUAUGGUUUUAAAUCACACGAUCUCGGGAUGUUGAAGGCAUUUCAUAUUUUUCAAAGUAUCACCGUAAGUGCUGUGAUGUCAUAUUAAACCGACCUGGGAGGAGCUAUCUAUCAAUGGAAGUUGCUGAUUGGACCUCACAUGGUGGGCGGAGUCCUAAUUUAAGAUUAUUGCACAUAAUUUAUUAUUGUUGCCGUGAAUAGAUGAUUUACCAAUAUACAUUAUUUGGGUUAUGGGCAACCAUCUAAUGUCAGGAUUUCUGUCUAAUUGAAUUCUAACUGAAUAACAAUAGUGGUUAUCUGCUUAUUUUAAGCAUCUUUAGGUUGUUCAAUAAAAUGCAGCUCUUUAUGUAGUUCUCACUCUGCCUUUUGUCCCUCUGCCAGUGCCUUCAGAAAGUAUUCAUACCCCGUAUUCCACAUUUUGUUGAGUUACAGCCUGCAUUCAAAAUGUAUUAAAUAAAUAAAACAUCUCACCCAUCUACACACAAUACCCCAUGAUAACAGUGAAAAUAUGUUUGUAGAAAGUUUAGCAAAUGUAUUUAAAAUGAAAUACAGGAAAAUCCCAUUUACAUAGGUAUACACACCCAUGUUUCAAUACAUUGUAGAAGCACAUUUGGCGGCGAUUUCAGCUUUGAGUCGUCUUGGGUAUGUCUGUAUAAGCUUUGAGUCGUCUUGGGUAUGUCUGUAUCAGCUUUGAGUCGUCUUGGGUAUGUCUGUAUCAGCUUUGAGUCGUCUUGGGUAUGUCUGUAUAAGCUUUGAGUCGUCUUGGGUAUGUCUGUAUCAGCUUUGAGUCGUCUUGGGUAUGUCUGUAUAAGUUUUGAGUCGUCUUGGGUAUGUCUGUAUCAGCUUUGAGUCGUCUUGGGUAUGUCUGUAUCAGCUUUGAGUCGUCUUGGGUAUGUCUGUAUCAGCUUUGAGUCGUCUUGGGUAUGUCUGUAUCAGCUUUGAGUCGUCUUGGGUAUGUCUGUAUAAGCUUUGAGUCGUCUUGGGUAUGUCUGUAUAAGCUUUGAGUCGUCUUGGGUAUGUCUGUAUCAGCUUUGAGUCGUCUUGGGUAUGUCUGUAUCAGCUUUGAGUCGUCUUGGGUAUGUCUGUAUCAGCUUUGAGUCGUCUUGGGUAUGUCUGUAUAAGCUUUGAGUCGUCUUGGGUAUGUCUGUAUCAGCUUUGAGUCGUCUUGGGUAUGUCUGUAUCAGCUUUGCACAUCUGGAUUUGGGGAUUUUCUCCCAUUCUUCCUUACAGAUUUUCUCAAACUCUGUUAAGUUAGAUGGGGAAAGGCGGUGAACAGAAAUCUUCAAGUCUUUCAAAAGAUUUUCAAUAGGAUUCAAGUCUGGGCUUUGGCUGGCCCACUCAAGGACUUUCACAUUCUUGUUCUGAAGCCAUUGCAGCGUUGCUUUGGCUGUAUGCUUGAGGUCGUUGUCCUGUUGGUACGUUAAUCUUCGCCCCGGUCUGUUUGCACUCUGAAGCAGGUUCUUAAUGAUUUGACUGUAUUUGGCUCCAUUCAUUGUUCCCUGUAUAUCCUUAAGUCUCCCAGUCCCUGCCACUGAAAAGCAUCCCCCAUCGCAUGAUGCUGCCACCACCACCAUGCUUCACAAUAGGGAUGGCUUUCUUUUACACAUAGCACUUUGCAUUCAGGCCAAAUAAUAAAUGUGUCUCAUCAGACCACAUCAUCCUUCAGCCUUAUGACCUGUCUUUCACGUGCUGUCGUAUGCCUUUUUCUCAGGAGUGGCUGCCGUCUGGCCACUCUCCCAUAAAGCCCAGCUUGGUGAAGUGCUGUAGGGACUUUUGUCCUGGUGGCAGGGUCUCCCAUCACAGCCAUUGAACUCUGAAGUGCUGUCUGACCAAGGUCCUUCUUGCCCAGUUGAUCAGUUUGGUCAGCUCUAGUCUAGAUGGAAAGAAAUAUGGAACUAUUUCCCAAUGAUGGAGACCACUGUGCUCUUGGAAACUUUCAACACUCUAGAAAUUGUUUUAUACCCGUCACCAGAUAUACAGUGAGCUUCAUUUUGUUGUUCUGGCUCUGUGCAGACUGUCAGGUUUAAUUUGAAGGUAUUUUGAUCUACAUGGUGAACCGUCCCAUAUUCAUAGCAUGCAAUGACUACAUCAAGCUCUACAAACUGGCUGGAUGCAUUUGCUAUUUGUUUUAGUUGUUUGAUUAUCUUGUGCCCAUUGGAAAAUAAUGGUAAAUGUAUUGUGUCAUGUUGGAGUCCCUUUUAUUUUAAAUAAGAAUAGAAUGUGUUUCUAAACAUCCUACCGUGUUUUACCUCCCCUGAUAUUGUAAUGGUGAAAGGUUAGCAUGUGUUGGGGGUAUGAUAUUUGUGCAUGCUUGGAAUAUGGGACCAAAUACUAAGCUUUUGACUACACAAGUGAAUUUGUCCCAAUUAUUUUGGUCCCUUAGAAUUGGGGGAACAUGUACAAAAAGUGAUGUAAUUUCUAAACGCUUCACCCUAUGGAUGAAAAUACGCUCAAAUUACAGUCGGCACUUUAACCUCCAUAGUCAUUGUAUCAUUUCAAAUCCAAAGUGCUGGAGUACAGAGCCAAAAGCACAAAUAUUUUAUUAUCUCAAUACUUUGUUUUUAGGCAUACAGUAAGCUCAAUCUCAGCGAUCGUACAGUUCCUUGGACUUCAUGGUAUAGUUUCUGCUCUGACAUGCCCUGUCAACUGUGGGACUUAUAUAGACAGGUGUGUUUCUUUCUAAAUCAUGUCCAAACAAAUGGAUUGGCCACAGGUGGACUCCAAUCAAGUUGUAGUGACAUCUCAAGGAUGAUGGAAGGACAUUUGGAUGCACCUGAGCUCAAUCUGGAGUGUGUGCAAAGGGGUGUGAAUACUUAAGUAAAUUUGAUAUUUCUAUAUUUCAUUUUCAAUAAAUUUCCAAAAAUGUAUAAAAACAUGUUUUUAUUUCAUCAUUAUGGGGUAUUGUGUGUAGAUGAAUGAGAAACAUAUUUUUUAUUCAUUUUCAAUUCAGCCUGUAACAACAAUGUGGAAUAAGUCAAGGGGUGUGAAUACUUUCUGAAUGCGCUGUAUGUGCCUGCAGUGCUUCCAUUUAGAAGCCUUUGCAAGUGCUUCAGCUUCAGUCAAAGUGAUUAUGGUAACAAUUUCUAUCUACUAACUACAGUAUUGAUUCACUCCUGUAUACAUUUGUUUUUUAGAUUAGUUUUUCAUUAAAAAAGGACCAGAUUUUUAAGGGUUGAUGAUCAAUGUUUUCACUCAUCGCUAUUAUUUGAUCCUAUCAUGUUGUCAAGGCCGAUUUGUUACAAACUGAAUCAGAGGGGAAGGUUCUGACAGUACAGUCAAGUUUACCAUGUGGAUAACUGUUACCAUGUAAAGAACUACCAACUGUCACAACUACCAUCGCUGAACACAGCAUAAUAAAACGCAUUUAAAACA